UUACAAUAUCACUUGUACUCAGCGCCACCCACGCGUAUGCCUAAGUUGGCAGCUAAUCAAAAAACCAUUCAAUCAUUUUUUAUGCCGGAUGAUCUCCGGGAGCAAUUGACUGAAAGAAAUGAAAAAGUCUUAACUAUUGGAUCAAGUAAGAGUUUGAUGUCUGUUCUUCCUCAGGAGGUGCAUAUUUAUCACUCCCUGUCUCUGUUGGAUGAUACAUCAAGUAAUGGUGGCAAGUUUUUUGGCCACACUUCAUGGGUCUACAAAUCAGUGUGUAGUGUGGAUGGUAGAAGCUACGUGCUAGUAAGGAUAGCAGAUUGCAGACUAGCGAACGAACUGGCCAUGUCCAUGGUAGAGAACUGGAAACGGAUUAGACACUGUAAUGUGGUUGCUAUUCGGGAUGCAUUUUCUACUUCUGCAUUUGAUGACUCUUCACUUGUAUUUGUGUAUGACUAUCAUCCUUGCUCAGAAACACUUCAACAUACGCAUCUUUCUUCUCAAACCCAAACCAACUUUCAGAGACAGUCACAGAUUAAAGCCAGUUCUUCUCCGCAUGUGCCAGAAAGCACGUUGUGGAGUUAUAUUACUCAGAUUGCCUCGGCGUUAAAAUCGAUCCAUGCACUUGGAUUAGCAGCACGCGUUAUGGAUCCCACUAAGAUCCUUGUUACUGGAAAGAAUAGAAUUCGGUUGAACUGUGUGUGUAUAGCAGACGUAUUGCAGUUUGAUGGAGGCCAGUCCCUGUCGCGACACCAGCAAGAAGACUUGCUUGCCUUUGGAAAGAUUAUUGUUGCCUUGGCUUGCAACUCAACACAUUCGAUCCAAAACUUGUCGCAAUCGUUUGAAUACAUCAGUCGUUUCUACUCCCCUGAUUUGAAGAAUACAAUUCUCUACCUUCUCAGUAAACCUAUGCCAACAAAGACAGUUGACGAAGUGGUAUCAUUAAUUGGACCUCAUAUCCUCCAAGAAAUUAAUGGGAAUCACUCCUACAAUGAUACUCUAGAAAACGAAUUGAGCCGAGAAUUAGAAAAUGCACGGCUGGUACGAAUAAUGUCCAAGAUGGCUUUUAUAAAUGAGAGGCCAGUAUUUGAUAUGGAUCCAAGCUGGUCCGAAACUGGAGAUCGAUAUAUUAUCAAGCUCUUCCGAGAUUAUGUUUUUCACCAAGUAGACGCAAAAGGGACUCCUGUAGUAGAUAUGGUACAUGCUAUUACAUGUCUUAACAAGUUGGAUGCUGGCGUUGAUGAAAAAAUUAUGUUGAUGUCUCGAGAUGAACAGUCUUGUCUCGUAGUCAGCUACAAAGAAGUUAAAAAUUGUAUAAUUAACUCCUUUAACGACUUGACUUCUGGUCGUAAAUAA